AGCGCGUCUUCCCUUUUCAGCAGGGUUUUCUCGGUCCGCAGCUGGAUCAGCUGGUUGGACGCUCCGCUGUGCGGCAGUCACUUUUUGGGGGGAGAAAAAGAACAUUUGGUACUUUUUUUUUAUUGAGAAUUUUUCGCCGGAAACGCUGGAUUAGGCGCCUGAUUUACACACAGUUUUCUUAGUUACUUUCUUUCUUUAUAUUUAUAUGAUUUUUGCCGUAAGUGCCGAUAAAUUGGAUUAAAGUAUUUUAUGAUUUGAAAAGUGAUAUUUGAUAGUCUCCUGGUAGUGAAUGGGCUGGAGCUGUGCGAGCUCAGCAGCAUCAGACUGUGGGUUUAGUUGGACUGAGGCUCCUGUGCCAACGCCUUUUCCCCCCCUCUCUCUCUCUCGGCUUCGCCCUGCGUUGGGGAACUUCAGCUCACGCCGAGCCCAGAGCUCGUUGGACGGUGUUUUCAACUUAUGAGCUGCUGAAACCACAGUCCGUCACCUAAGAAUUAGUUUGAAGGCAGGAAAAAAUGGGGUGCACGAUCAGCGCCGAGGACAAAGCUGCUGUGGAGAGGAGUAAAAUGAUUGAUAAAAACCUGCGAGAAGACAGAGACAAAUCCUCCAAAGAAGUGAAACUACUUUUACUCGGUGCUGGAGAAUCUGGGAAAAGCACAAUAGUUAAGCAGAUGAAGAUCAUUCAUGAAGAUGGCUACUCAGAAGAGGAGUGCAAGCAGUACAAAGUGGUCGUGUACAGCAACACCAUCCAGUCCAUCAUAGCCAUCAUCAGGGCAAUGGGCCAGCUGAAGAUAGAUUUCGGAGACGAGGCGCGAGCGGAUGACGCUCGCCAGCUGUUUGCCCUGGCGGGUUCGGCAGACGAAGGAGUGAUGUCCGCAGAGCUGACCAGCGUGAUCCAGAGGCUGUGGAGCGAUGCUGGAGUUCAGGCCUGCUUCGAUCGAUCUCGAGAGUACCAGCUCAACGACUCGGCUGCAUACUACCUGAACGACUUGGAGAGAAUCUGCCAGCCAGACUACAUCCCAACUCAGCAGGAUGUUUUGCGCACACGUGUGAAGACCACCGGGAUCGUUGAAACUCACUUCACGUUCAAAGAGCUCAACUUCAAGAUGUUUGAUGUUGGAGGUCAGCGCUCAGAGAGAAAGAAGUGGAUCCAUUGUUUUGAGGGAGUCACUGCUAUCAUUUUCUGUGUGGCCCUCAGUGACUAUGACCUCGUCUUGGCUGAGGAUGAGGAAAUGAACCGGAUGCAUGAGAGCAUGAAGCUUUUUGACUCCAUCUGCAACAACAAGUGGUUCACCCUCACCUCCAUCAUCCUUUUCCUCAAUAAGAAAGACUUGUUUGAAGAGAAGAUCACCAGAAGUCCCAUUACUAUCUGCUACCCCGAGUACACUGGUGAGAGCACAUACAAAGAGGCAGCAGAUUAUAUCCAGUGCCAGUUCGAAGACUUGAAUAAACGAAAGGACAUCAAGGAGAUCUACACACACCGUACAUGUGCGACAGACACCAAGAAUGUGGAGUUUGUGUUUGACGCAGUAACUGAUGUCAUCAUCAAGAUCAACCUGAGGGAGAUUGGGCUCUACUGAAGCUACGGCUGCCUUUCAGGUUUCAGAACAAUCAGGACUUGUGGGAUCUUUUCUGCAGAGGGAACAUUCAAAAGUAGGCGUCACUAAGGACUACGCCGCAGGACCUAAACUGCGUUAACUUUGGGACUUGCAACUGUUAUCACUUUUGUCUUAAUAGAUUUUUAAGAUGUGGCGUGCUCUGAGAGGAUGAAAGUGGGCAAAGCGUGUGAAAUGAUCCCUGUCAUAUUUAAGAUCUUUGCAUCACUCGGGCGGGUUUAUAGUUUCGCUGUCAUCUGCACAAAGACCAAAACUGACUGCCUGUUCAUCAGAUCCAUCAUUUCAUUUCGCAGUUUUUAUGGCUAAAAUGUUUAUUCUGUUCACCAUCGUGUUGCGUUUUGUCUUAGCUGUGGCACGUUACAUUUUUGAAUAUUUGCAUCUGUUGUAUUUUAUUUUUAAUUUUUACUUUUAAUUAUGGAGAAUUUCCAUUUUGGGGGGGAUGCAUGAAUGACAUAUCUUAUGUAUAGUACAAAGUUUUUUGUGAUUAGUUUGAUGUCAAGCAUAAAAUAUAAGCGGUCGGGUCAGGGAUUAGUUAGCUGAAGUCUAAGGAACUCAGUAGCCACAUCCGUAUCUGCAUAGGUGUUUUUUGUUUGUUUGUUUGUUUUAUUUUAACAUGAACACAUUGUACUGAACAUCUUUACUGAAAUCAGUGUGUGAAGGGAUUUGAUUUUGAUGUACUGUUUUUUCUUUUCAUUGAUCUUGCAAUAUAAAUAUUAUGUAGUCUUUAAAAGGUCAGUGUACCGUCUUGUGAAUACUAGUAAAGAAAUAUAAAAACUAAA